CACAUGUGAGUCUUCUUUUACAGCCAACCAUUCAUCCAAAAACACUACUCUUAUCCAUUUAUUCUCAUGCCAUUGAGUCUUUACUCCUUACUUUCAAUUACUGCUAUCUCUCAAUAUUCAUAGCUCUUAAUCUUUUUCAAAAUUCAACUAUUAGCUACAACUUCCUUACUAGUUGAUUUGCUUUACAAAAUCCAUACAAGAUGGCUGCAACUAUGAUAGGAGGUGCUUUUCUCUCUGCAACUCUUCAAACCUUACUUGAGAAACUUGCUUCAACUGAGUUUCUUGAUUACAUUCAAAACACCAAGCUGGAUGUCUCCCUAUUGAGAAAGUUACAAACAACCCUGCUCACUCUUCAGGCUGUGCUGGAUGAUGCAGAAGAGAGGCAGAUCAACAAUCUUGCUGUCAAAAAAUGGCUAGAUGACUUGAAAGAUAUUGUCUUAGAUGCUGAGGAUUUGGUCAAUGAAAUAAGUUACGACUCCCUUCGGUGCAAGAUGGAGAAUAGACAAGCUGGAAGAAGAACUAAUCAGGUGUUGAAUUUCCUUUCAUCUCCUUUCAAAAACUUCUAUCGAGAUAUCAAUUCCCAAUUGAAGAUCAUGUGUGAAACACUUGAACCUUUUGCACAACAUAAAGAUACCCUUGGAUUGCAAACAAAAAGUGCUAGAGUUUCACGAAGACCACCUUCAAGUUCAGGGGUUAAUGAAUCUGUCAUAGUCGGUAGGGAGGUUGAUAAAGAAUCAAUCAUCAAUAUGCUUGUAUCAAAUUGUGGCACCAGCAAAAACAAUAAUUUAGGUGUUGUUGCAAUUUUGGGUAUGGGAGGUGUCGGAAAAACGACUCUUGCACAACUGGUUUACAAUAAUGAAAAAGUUGAACAACAUUUUGAUUUCAAAGUCUGGGUUUGCGUAUCAGAGGAUUUCGAUGUUGUGAGAAUAACCAAGAGCCUCCUUGAAUCUGUUAUUAGAAAUACAACAUCUGCUUCUUCAAAGGUAUGGGAAAGCGAUAAUCUUGAUAUUCUUCGAGUUGAAUUAAAUAAAAACACGAGGAAGAAAAGAUUUUUGUUUGUGCUGGAUGAUUUGUGGAAUGAUAGUUACAAUGAUUGGGAUGAGCUAGUAAGUCCCCUUGUUGAUGGAAAACCUGGAAGUUCGGUGAUUAUAACAACGCGUCAACAAAAAGUUGCAGAGAUGACAAAGACAUUUCCUAUUUAUAAAUUAGACCAUCUGUCAAAUGAAGAUUGUUGGUCUAUACUCUCAAAACAUGCAUUCGGAAGUGAUGAAUAUCACGCCGGAAAAAACAUAGCAUUUGAAGAGAUUGGUAGGAAGAUUGCAAGAAAGUGUGACGGAUUGCCAAUAGCCGCGAAAACACUAGGAGGACUUCUACGUUCAAGAGUAGACACAACCGAAUGGACUGCAAUUUUGAAUAGCGAAGUAUGGAACUUACCGAAUGAUAACAUUAUGCCGGCUUUGCGUUUAAGUUACCAAUCUCUCCCGUCUCAUUUGAAACGAUGUUUUGCGUAUUGUUCAAUUUUUCCAAAGGAUCAUCCACUUGAUAGGAAGAAAUUGGUUCGGUUGUGGAUGGCCGAAGGCUUCCUUGAUUAUUCUCAUGUGGGAAAAUUGGCGGAGGAAGUAGGUGAUGACUGCUUUGCAGAAUUGUUGUCUAGAUCCUUAAUUCAACGAUUAAAUGAUGGUGCUCGUGGAAAAUUGUUUGUCAUGCAUGACCUUAUCAACGACUUAGCUACAUCCGUAUCUGGAAAAAUUUGUAGUAGGUCUGAAUGUGGUGACAUUCCUGAAAAGGUUCGUCAUUUAUCAUAUAAUCAAGAAGAGUAUGAUGUUUUCAUGAAUUUCAAGCACUUCUACAAUUUUAAACACUUGCGAAGCUUCCUACCCAUUAAUUUUGGGAGGUCAUACAAUUCGUUAUCCAUCACGGUGGUUGAUGAUCUGCUAUCACUAUUCAAAAGGUUGCGCGUCUUGUCGCUAUCACAAUAUAGAAACUUCACCAAGCUAUCAGAUUCAAUUGGUAAUUUGGUGCAGUUGCGGUAUCUAGAUCUUUCCAAAACUGCAAUCAAAAGCUUGCCUGAUAGAAUAUGUAACCUCUACAAUUUGCAAACUUUGAAUUUAUUAGGUUGCUACAGUCUCACUGAAUUGCCAGUGCAUAUGGGAAAUUUAAUCAGUUUACGUCACCUUGAUAUAAGUGGGACUCACAUAAAAGAGUUGCCCAUGGAAAUUGGUGGACUAGAAAACCUCCAAACUUUGACUGUUUUUUUAGUGGGUAAGCGACAUGAAGGAUUAUCUAUCAAAGAGCUAAGGAAAUUUCCAAACCUACAAGGAAAAUUUACCAUCAAAAACCUAUACAAUGUCUUUGAUGCAAAAGAGGCAGAAGAUGCCAACCUGAAAAACAAAGAGAAAAUUGAGGUGUUAGAGUUGAAAUGGGGUAAACAGUGUGAAGAUUCACUAAAAGUUAAAGUUGUGCUCGAAAUGUUGCAACCACCAAUAAAUUUGAAGAGCCUAGUCAUUGAUUUGUAUGGAGGGACAAGUUUUCCGAAUUGGUUGGGAAAUUCUUCGUUUUCUAACAUGGUGUCCAUUGGUAUUUAUAAUUGUGAAUAUUGCAUGGCACUUCCACCACUAGGCCAACUACCUUCUCUCAAGAAGCUGAGUAUAUCGAAUUUGUUGUUAUUGGAGACAAUGGGUCCAGAGUUCUAUUGUGUUGAGGAAGUAGAAUGUUCCAAUUCUACCUUCCAACCAUUUCCUUCCCUUGAGCAUAUGGAAUUUCACAGCAUGCCAAAUUGGAAGGAUUGGAUUUCCUUUGAAGGCAUAAAUUUUGCAUUUCCACGACUUAAAACUAUGAAGUUACUUGAUUGUCCUGAACUAAGGGGAGAUUUACCUGGCCACCUUUCUUGCAUGGAAGAAAUUGAAAUAAGAGGUUGUUAUAACCUAAUGGAAAAUUCCCAUACUUUGAAUUGGCUUUCGGCAAUCAAAAAAGUAAAAAUUGAAGAAGAUUUAAAGUGGGAAGUGUAUACUCAAAGCACUCCAUGGUUAAUGUUUUUUUCUAAAGUGAUCACGAGUAGUAUUUGUCUUACUCGUUUGACACUCUGGAAUAUUCAAUCUCUCACUGCAUUUCCCACAAAUGGUCUACCCGCUUCAUUGCAGUCACUUGAUAUUGAUGGGUGUAGGAAGUUAUCCUUCAUGCCUUUCGAAACAUUUCAAAAUUACACAUCACUUGUGAGUCUUUAUAUGUGGGAUAGCUGCGAUUCACUUACAUCAUUUCCACUUGAUGGUUUCCCUGCGCUCCAAUCACUUUCCAUUCUAAAGUGUAGGAGUAUGAAUUCCACUUUUAUUUCAGAAAGUCCUUCACGUCGGCAGUCAACCCUCCAAUCACUUCGCAUCAUAUCCGAUCCCUCAAUUGAAUCAUUUAAAGUCAAUCUUCGGUUGGACACGCUCACCAAUCUUGAACAUUUGAAUCUUUGCUGUCAUGGAGAGUUGUCAUUUUGUGAAGGAGUUUGUCUACCCUCCAAAUUACAAUCACUUGUGAUUGAAUGCAAAAGAACAAAGCCGCAUGUAAAGGAAUGGGGUCUCCAAGACCUAACAGCUCUUUCAAAUUUGUCAAUUCAAGAAAGGGGAGAAAUGGAUAACACCUUGACGAUGGAUUCGUUUCUCCCCAUCUCCCUUGUGUCUCUCACUGUCAGUAAUAUGUCCUUUGAAGGAAAUGGGCUUCCACACCUCUCCUCUCUCCAAAAUCUCCACUUGCUGAGUUGUUUACAUCUUAAGUCAUUGCCAGAAAACCGCGUUCCUUCCUCGCUGAAAUCAAUUCAAUUCAUUAAUUGUGAAAGACUAGAGUCAUUACCAGAAAACAGCCUCCCUGCCUCUCUUAAGCUACUGACUAUAAAAAAAUGCCCUCUGCUAGAGUCAUUACCAGAAGACAGCCUCCCUGCCUCUCUUAAGAAACUCACCAUCAGAGAUUGCCCUUUGUUAGAAGAAAGGUACAAAAGGAAGGAAAAUUGGUCCAAAAUUUCUCACAUCCCUGUCAUACGAAUAAAUGGCCAACUCACAAUAUGAAGACAAGCUGCCUUCGCGUUGUUUCAGGUGAGGCCUAAGUGGAUGAAAAACAACCCAGUUGAUGAAUUGAAGAUAAAAGGAGUGCAUGCUAUUGUUGUGGUUCUUCAUGUAAACUUGUUUUAGAGGAAUCAAAUACUUUCAGUUGAUUUUCGCAAGAUUUGAUUUACGUAGCUAAUAUUAAGUCUGUAUUUGAUCAUCAUUUGAUUGCAUCUUGAGUAUUCUUCAUAA